CUUGGAUAGCUAGCUAGAUGGCCAAGCCACUGAACCUGACUCCUGCCUUCCUCUCGCUGAUGGCCACCAGCUGCCGCUUCAGCUCCGGCGGGCAUGCGCACCGCUUCGCCUCGUCGCUACCGUGCGGGAGGACGACGCCGACGCCACGGACCACGUCGUCGUCUACGCGCCCUGCGGCUCAGGUUAGCCCUGACAGAAGCAAGCAACGCGAUGACGAAGCAGCAUCGGAGACUACGAUAAGGCAGCAGCUCCAGCAAGUCGAUGUGCUUGAGAACACGGGGAUUUCUCGGCAUUUUGCUGGUGAAAUCAAGUGUAUCCUUGACAGGACAUACAGAUGUUGGUUAGAGAGGCACGAGGAAAUUAUGCAGGACACAACAACAUGUGCGAUGGCAUUUCGUAUUCUAAGGAUGAACGGAUAUGAUGUCUCUUGUGAUCUGUUGUAUCAUGUUGUUGAAACAUCCGGGAUCCAUGAUCCACUUAGGGGACAUUUGAAUGACACAAGAACCUUGUUAGAAUUACACAAGGCCUCUACAGUUAGUAUCUCUGAAGACGAGUCUAUCCUGGAUAGCAUAGGCUUAAGGUCAAGUACCUUACUGAGGGAACAAAUGGAGUCUAGUGGUGCUCUACAAAAUCCUCCACUCUUUAGAGAGGUGGAACAUGCUCUGUACCAUCCCUUCUACGCCACAUUGGACCGUCUAACCCACAGGUGGAACAUUGAAAAUUUCAAUACUACAGAGCACCAGAUGCUAGACACACCAUACUUGUCCAGUCGAUAUACCAGUAGAGAUAUUCUAGCCUUGGGUAUCAGAGACUUCAAUUCCUCUCAACUUACUUACCAGCAAGAACUUCAACAUCUUAAAAGUUGGGUGAAAGAAUGCAGGUUGGACCAACUACCAUUUGUGAGGCAAAAUUUGGCAUACUUCUUAUUGUCCGCUGCUGGCUGCAUGUACUCCCCUGAACUGUCUGAAGCUCGCACUUUGUGUGCAAAAAAUGGUGCACUCAUAACUGUUGUUGAUGACUUCUUUGAUGUUGGAGGAUCAAAAGAAGAACUUGAAAACCUUGUCAUGUUGGUUGAGCUGUGGGACGAGCAUCGCAAAAUUGAGUUUUACUCAGAACAUGUAGAGAUUAUAUUUUCUUCAAUUUACAACUCAGUUAACCAGUAUGGUGCAAAGGCUUCUUUGUUACAAGACCGCAAUGUUACCAAACACCUAGUACAAAUAUGGUUGGAUUUGCUAAAGUCUAUGAUGACAGAGGUAGAGUGGCGUUUGAACAAAUAUGUGCCAACAGAGGAGGAAUACAUGACAAAUGCAUCUUUAACAUUUGCAUUGGGUCCCAUUGUAUUGCCAGCGUUGUAUUUUGUUGGACCGAAGAUCCCGGAGUCUAUUGUUAAAGAUCCAGAAUACGAUGAGUUGUUCAAGCUAAUGAGCACAUGUGGUCGACUCUUGAAUGAUGUUCAGAGUUUUGAGAGGGAGUACAAGGAGGGCAAGUUGAACAUUGUUUCUCUCCUCGUUCUUCAUGGUGGCUCCAUGUCCAUAUCAGAUGCCAGAAGGAAAUUACAGAAGCCCAUAGACACAUGUAGGAGAGACCUCCUAAGACUAGUUCUUCGUGAAGAAAGUGUUGUUCCUAGGCCAUGCAAGGAAUUAUUCUGGAAAAUGUGCAAGGUCUGCUACUUCUUUUACUCGAGAACUGAUGGGUUUAGGUCACCAGUGGAGAGGGCCAAAGAAGUGAAUGCAGUGAUCAACGAGCCAUUAAAACUACAAGAAAACCAUACACACAUGUCUGUUUUGUGAGAGGAACCAAGUGUCGAUGUGAUGUCUUCAUUUGAUUUAGUAGGUGUGCUUUCUAUAUAAGACAGUUCGCUAGGUGACUGCAUCAGGUGGUGCAUAAAAACUCAGCACAUUGGUAAUGUAUAGAAGUUGGCCCAUAUGUAUGUCUGAUUGUGGUUGGUGAGGUUAGUAUUAUUUUGAAAUUUAAAAGGGUGACACC